GCCGUCCGCCGUCCGCCUCCCGCCUCCCGCCUCCGCUUAGGUGAUGGUUGCGUCUAUAUCGAAGAGGGAGCGAAUGGCUCCGCGAUGGGACCAAGAGCUGCAUGCGUUGGUUUUGCACCUGCUUCCGCCUGAAAUUUGCAAUUUCUCGAAGCUAUCCUCCUGGGACGUGGCGGGAAAGAAGAGGCGGAUGACUUCCGAAAGGGAAAGGUGACAAACAUACCUGGGGAAUUCUUCAGUUUAGCAUAAAGUGUAGCAUAUGCGAAUGGUGGAUUGAAGACCAAGUAUCCUUGUGUUUCCCUUGAUUCUCUUUCAUAACAUUUAAGAAGGGCAUCUAUAUAUAAGUAUGUUAGUCCGCUUCUUAAAUGGUAAAGUAUCAUACCACUUCAUCUCUGCAAGGAUUUCAUUGCACAGAAAUAAGUCAUCAUCAAUGCUGCUCACAAUUGCCAGUGCUUUCUUCUACACAGAGAUCAAAACUGGAACUUUUACGAAAAUGUUGUCUGAAAUGAUGAAAGAACUCUGGGUCAAAUGGGAGCUCCCAGGAAUGGUAGUACUCCGCCUGUUUCUCCAUUUUGUGCUUAUUGGGUUCGGUAACCUUCGGAGAUACCAGGGCAGAGCUUCUCCUUACGUUGCCAUCCUUGUUUGGUCAACAUACUUAGUAGCCGAUUGGAUAGCCACCGUUGCCUUAAACACCGUUCUCAAGGCUGAACAAAAUGAGCUUAACAGUGAACUGGUUGUGUUUUGGACACCAUUUCUGCUCUUGAACCUUGGUGGGUCACAAACCAUCAGUGCCUACUCCUUAUCAGACAAUGAGCUUUGGUUGUGGUACUUGCUUGGCCUUCUCAUCCAGGUUGGGGUGGCCAUUGAUGUCUACAUGAGAUUUCGGACCAAAUCAACCCUCACAUACAUGGCCAUCCUGAUAUUUGUUGCUGGGAUUGUCAAGUAUGGAGAAAGGAUUUGGAUUCUCAGGGCUGGAAGCAACAGGCUGUUUAGCAACUCUGUUUUCUCAACUCUGACUCAUGCCACAGAAAAAUCUCUGAUUCAUUCCCCAAGUGAUUAUUCGAUGAGCAGUCGUCCUCCACCUCCAGAGACAUUGGAGGAGUGUUUAUGGCACAAAAAUGUCAUUGAAGAAGGCAAAUAUAUCCAUACAGCUUUUUGCCUGUUUAAGAUGAACAUAUCUCUCUUCUCUCAAGCUUAAUUAGGAUUAUUAGAGAAUUAAGCAACAUCUUCUUGCUUCCCCCCAUUAUUUCUGCAGAAGAGGCCUUCAAAUUGGUACAAAUUGUACUAGGGUUCCUGUAUGAUGUGCUCUACACCAAAACUACUAUACUGCAUUCUAUAGUGGGAGUAAUUCUCCAUGGCAUGUGCUUGUUGUCCACUUUUGCGGCAGUCAUUGCCUUCUCA